AUGUCCUUCCGUUACUUGAAACGGCAUUUCUCUACAGCUACAAACGCAAUUGCUCUCCUUAGCAGACCUGAAUUCAAAAUAGGUCGAAUUGUGGACGUCGUGAAACAUCCAAAUGCAGACAAACUUUAUGUCUCGUCGAUUUCUGUGGGAAACAAUUAUGCCUCGGGUACAUCCAACACCCUAACCGUUUGCAGCGGCUUGGUGGACUACUUUUCAGUUCCCGAAUUGCUUCAGCGACGGGUCGUUGUGGUCACAAACCUCAAGCCAUCGAAGAUGAGAGGUGUAACAUCGGAGGCAAUGCUUUUGGCAGGGGAAAAGUCGGGGAAAGUGGAAUUGGUCGAGCCGCCAAUGUCCGGGAGAGAGGGCGAAUCACUCCACUUCGAAGGUGUAGAAAUUACAUCAGAGGAGAGCGCCAAUCAAUUGCAUUUGCCUGCUAAGCGAUUGAAGAAGUCAGAGUGGAGUCAACUGGCGGAAGGUCUACAGACAAAUGACCAGCGUGAAGUGGUCUUCCACAGCCAAAUUGGCUCCAAACGAAUUUACGCUUUAGUAGGAGCGAGUACUGAAAAAUGCACGUUAGCGACUCUUGCGCAGGCCGUCGUACGAUAA